AUGUUUUCGAAAGGCUUUCGAGCCUCCGGGCUAAUCACUGCCAUCCUGGGCCUGGCCACUGGGUCAUCUGCCUCACCCAUCGCCCCCGGCUCGACCAUUGGAGAGGGCCUGCUUGUGCAGACCUCCAGUGGCCCCGUCCAAGGCUUCGUCAACCUCACCACCCCCGACGUGCGUCAGUUCCUGGGAAUCCCAUUCGCAGAGCCCCCCGUGGGGAAUCUUCGCUUUGCGAGACCCGUUCCGAAGAGCCCCAAUGGAACGGUGGAUGCUUUCGCACUUCCGUCAUCAUGCAUGCAGCAGACGAGCAACAGCACCUCCAUCUACACCGAGUAUGAGACGGGCUACCUGAUCGACGGAGGGGACUCGGAGGAUUGUCUCUACCUCUCCAUCUGGGCACCGAAGGUGGACGGGAUCCGGUUCCAGCAGCGGCCGCUGCCGGUCCUGCUCUAUGUCCCUGGCGGCGGGUUCACGAGCGGAGGCCAGGCUUCGCUGUACAAGAUCCCGGACAACUGGGUGCAGCGGACGCAGUCGCAUAUUGUUGUCAUUCUGAACUAUCGCGUCAAUGUCUUUGGCUUCCCGAAUGCCGAAGGAUUGGAGGAUCAGAACGCGGGGCUGCUUGAUCAGCGAUUAGCCGUGGAGUGGGUGCACCAGAAUAUCGCCAACUUCGGCGGUGACCCCGAGCGGAUCACUUUUUGGGGCCAGUCGGCCGGCGGAGGCAGCGUCUCGCUCUACACCUACUCUUACCCCGAGAAUCCCAUCGUAGCGGCCAUCGCCGCCGACUCCGGCGCUCCCGGCCUCAUCAGCUUCACGGACUACGCCCACACGAACUUCACCUUCCUGGCGGGCCUUGUCGGCUGCGGAGGCCUGAACAGCUCCGCGGAGCUGAGCUGCGUGCGCAGUGUUCCCGCAACGACCCUCCAAACGGCUCUCUCCACCUACGCCGGCACGCCCUCGAUCUCCUUCAAGCCCUCCGUAGACAAUGUCACUGUGUUCGCCAAUUGGACUCAACGCGCGCUGGAAGGCAAGGUCGCCAAGAUUCCCAUGUUAAUCGGCAGCAACACCAACGAAGGCGCCGGCUUCGUCUCCUUCACGCCCGAUGGCCCCGGUGCCGCCACGCUGCUCAACCUGACCGAGUCCAUCAUCGCCUGCCCCGUCGCAGAGGAGGUGAAGAACCGCAACCUAGUCGGCCUUCCGACCUACCGCUACCAAUACGCCGGCAACUUCUCCAACAUCUCCCCGCUUCCCUGGUUCGGCGCCUACCACAGCUCCGAGCUGCCACUGUUGUUCGGCACGCACAGUCAGUACGGCGGCAGCCCCUCGACGCAAUUUGAAUGGGAGGUCAGCUAUGCGAUGGAGGCGCUGUGGCUGUCCUUCGCGGAGGCGCCCAGUAGGGGUCCGGUGCGGUUGGCGAUCGAGGGGGUGACGGGCAAUCCGAACAAUGCGAGUGUGUUCGAAUGGCCGGAAUUUGAGCAGAGAGAGGACAAUAUGGUGUUGUUUGCGGAGGAUGGGGUGUUGAUGCAGCUGGUGUCGGCCGAUCGGAUCGACGAUUAUUGCUAG